AUGAAGUUCUUCGUCGCUGUCCUGGCCCUUGCUGCCACCGCCAUCGCCGCUCCCACCGAGUGCAAGUCCUGCCACAAGGAGCCCAGCCACGAGCACAAGCCUGAGCACAAGGAGCCCAGCAACAACAAGGUCGGCAACGUCUGCCAGAGCCACCAGACUGUCGUCUGCCAGGGCCAGGGCAACGGCGGCCUCCUCUCCCUCGGCAACAUCCUGCCCGGUGCCCUGGGCCAGAACUGCGCCGGUGGCGACGUCUACUGCUGCUCGCACGACGAUGUCAAGCAGGUCGGCCUCAUCAACCUGGACCUGAACGUCCAGUGCUCUCUCAACCGCCUGCUGUAA